AUUUACUCCAUUUACCGUGACUCAGUCCCCUAGCUAUAGCGACGUCAUCUACAUAGCACACUGACCCGCAACCUACAAGUACAAUGGAAGAAGACCACAAGACUGACAAAGGUCCACCCCCGCCAUAUCCACAUCGUCCGCCUCCCUCAGGCACCCGAAUCCCGCUGCAGUUAAACUCUGCUUUCCCUGACCUCGCACAUACCAACAAACCCCCAUGCUACGACGCAGACGGUUUUUCUCCUGUCUUCAUUGGAUCCGCAAUCUUCCAGCGCUCCGUCCAUCCAUGCAAGAUUGCGCCCCAUCUUCCGAUUCCAUGCCGUGUUCCAUAUGGUUCCGCAGAGGUAGAGCAUGACGGGCGGUACGACCUUCUGCCAUUUGACCCGGUGACCAUGGAAUGGGUUCCUACGAGUCACGGUCGUAUCCCUCACAAUCGGGAUCCUGUUGCUGGAGGUUAUGAAGAGAAUGGGCAGCAUUUGUAUCAUGCAUUGGGUCGCGUGAAUGGGACUUGGGUUCCUGGUAAGACAGGAGAACAUCUUGAUGGAUGCAAUGUCGCAUUUGGUGGUGGAGAGCACAUUAUCAGAAAUGACUACGAGAUAUUGUGCUGGAGGAGCGCAUAUCUCAGGGGAGAGAAAUAGAUUGUUUGUAUCGAUACGAAGCGUGCAGUCAUUCCAAGUUUACCUUGAUAAAUUUAGUUUUGCGCAAAAUUU